UUGGGCCGUCAAGUGGUGUGGGCGAGGGGGGAGAGGGGAGGCGAGGUGACUGGCGGGGAGCGAUUGUCUAGUUGAUUAGAGGCCGCUCGGUACCUCUUCCCUUGACUACCCCCUACUCCCCACCUCCAUGAUCACAAUUUUUAUAAUGUUGUAUUUGAACGACUUAGUAGAACCUGGAACCAUUGCAGGGCAACGCAACGGCGGCCAUCGUCCAUAAGAUUAUGAACACCAGGCGUUUCAACGAGGAGGAAAUCCAACAGCUGAUGAUCUUUUCCAUGCAAAUAUCGCACAGGGAGAUCUCUGUCUCACCGUACGAUAUGGUCACAAUUGACUACUCCCUUCUCCAGGCCAUGUUGGCCAGUGUGGCGAUGCAUAUCGUCAUACUCGUCCAGUUCAACCUUUCGUCGACGACUUAACGCCCCUGAUGUUUAACCGCGCACACAUGGGCAGUCAUCGUCCCUCCUCCGGACGCCUCUCGCACUUAACACGCCGGUAUAAUAUUCUGAGUGAGCGUUAAGGGCGCAGUUCCGUUCUGCUCGAGUUGAGCCGCUCGGAGUGGGCUGCGCUGGGGGUGUGUGGGGAGGGGCUACCCUCUCCUCGACGGCUCGGUACACGCAGGGGCGCAGGGUGGCGCCGCCCCCAGUGCAAAGUGACGCAUACACCGGGACGGGACGGCGGCCACGGGGGAGGUCGAGCUGGGUAGGAGGGGCAGGACCAGGCGAUGUCGCGGAGGACCAACAAGGUCGGCGACAUGGACGCCAGGACGGCGAGGCUGUUCCUCGCCGUCAGGCCGCUGUACUAUACGCUCAUAGCCUAUGGUGUUGUGCCGGUGAACUUCAGAAGAUGGCCGAACGUCGGCCUGAGCUUCCACCCGCUGCGCUCCACGCUGGCGUGGGCGUUGCUCGUGCACGCCACGACGGUGGCGUCCGCGUGGAGGGUCUGGGACCUGAGCCUCCAGGUGCUCAGCGAGGGCAACCCCAUCGCCUCGUACGCCAACUUCCCCGCGUUGCUGGCCAUUUUCCACUCGGCCAAUGUCUUGCUGCUGGUCCCCAUCUGGUGCGAGGCCCACCGCUACAAGGAGGUGGUCGCCCUGGCCAAGACGUUAGUGGGGUCCGUAAACGAAGACGUGCUCGGCGCCGGGUGGCCGCGCCGCCACACCGUCUUCAUGUCGUGGUUGUGGGCCCUGGCCCUGGUCGUGGCCGCCCCCGCCAUCACGUUCCUCUGGCAAUUCCAGCUGACAGACCACAGCGGCGAUGCUUUCCAGGUAGGGCUGUGCGCAGUGCGAUAA